AGUCUGUUGAAAUAUCUAUAAAAUAUCUGUUACCCUUGGGAUGUCCGUCCGACUUUUUAAAAUAUUAAAACUUUAAAAAGUGUCGAAGUUGUUUUUAUUGUUUGGUGCAUAAUGAACCAGGUAUGGGUGUUUUUCAAGUUGAUUGAGGUAGUCCUGGGCGCACUCUGUAUGUUCAUUCACAUGCGUGGAGCAAGCUUGUGGCCCCAAUACGUGCCACAUGAUGUCAUAUACUGCGCCGUUUUUCUUUCCUUCACGGCCCUAGCUGCCCUGGGGGCAUUUCGCUUGUUAAUCACUCAGAAAUGUGUGCUGUCCGCACAACUGAUACUAACUCUGAGUGCCAUGAUUGCACAUUACUUCUGCGGCCUAUUGGUGAUGCGGGACAUCGUAAAUAGCCCCAUUCUCAAGGCCCUAAACGACACCAGCGAAUACAUGGAGCAUCCUGCUUUCGCCAUAUGCAAGCAGCAAAGUAUCGCUGCCUUGGUCACGGGCACCAUGUACCUAAUGCACAUGUUUCACGUCCUGGAUCUGCUGAUGCGCAUGGAGCCCGGGGACUGGCGACGACAGGCGACGGGACUGUUCCAAAUGUUCACCCUGGACGAGUUGGCAGGUCGCACCACCGGACUAUUCGUCCUUUCUCAGCCGGUGGACGAUUUCCUGUGUGACAGAUGUGAAUUCUACGACACGCUUGCCCACUCGCAGCCCAUGCACUUCCGGCAAAACUACGAGGAGGAGACUCAGUUCAUAAACCGCAUGUGGUCCGUAUUUGGAGAGGCGCGGAGGAAAUUCUGUCUGACGGAUACCUUCGAUAAUAGCGAUGAAAGCUAUAUGUCAACGCCAACUAUAACCAGCUCUGACUCCUUCGAACUACAGCUUUCCCGCGACGAUUGGUCCAUGGAGGACGAAGCCCUCCGAUACCCAAUCGACUGGCGGGGAGUUAGUGACUCCUCCAGCCUGUGGGCCCAGAUCGAAGACAGAAGCAGUCAGGCUACCGCUAGCACCACCAGGUCCACCGCAGAAAGAAGCAAUAAUUGGGAACUUGAUGACCAGAGAAAAUCAGAGAUCAUGCUGGUUAACGAAGGAGCUACCAGAAAGAGUAUCUGGGACGAGGAGGAUAAUUAUGAAAAAUCGAACAUCUGGACGGUGAAGCGAAGUUCGACCAACCAGCCCUUAACCCCCGAUAGCGAGUCGAGGGAAGAAAGCGACGAAGAAUACUAUGAGAUGGAAAAUGUCCAACUCGGAUCAACCAAAAGAGAUUCGGCAUCCGAGACUGAAGCUCCGUUGGAUCCUUUUGGUUUCGAUAAAGAUUCUCAGAAUACACCGACAAAUAACCCAACAAAAACACAAAAAUCUGCUAAGUAA